UUAUUACCCGGUCAGGGUCUCGUGGUCACAAGAUCCAAUGGAGAAGGCGCCAGGGUGCUGCUCCCCACGGAGCUGUGAGACCAAGCACGCUGCCCGGGUGUCCGGCGUCAGCGUCGGGACAGAAACCCAAGUACCAGGGACACCCUCCUCGCCCGCCGCUCCCGCCACUUUUUUGCCACAAAUUCCGAUGGCGACCCAGCCGAGGCGCCCGGCUGAGGUUGGUGUGACCUUUGAGGAUGUUGCCGUGUAUCUCUCCAGGACAGAAUGGUUCCUUCUGGAUGAGGCUCAGAGACGCCUAUACUUUGAUGUGAUGCAGGAGAACUAUACUCUUAUAUCAUCGCUGGGUUGCUGCUGUGGAGCAGAGGAGGGGGAGGCACCCAUUGAAGAGAAUGUUUCUGUAAAAGUCUCAAGGGCUAUGAAUCUGAAGUCAGCACUAUCUUCCCAGAAGAACCACCCAUGUGAAAGUUGUGGGUGUGUCUUGAGACAAAUUUUCUUCUCCAUUGACCAGCAGGGAACCCAACAGGCCCCAACACUGCUGAGGUGUGGGGCAUGUGCAAAACCAUUUUAUUUCAGUGCACAGAGUCACCAGCUCCAGGAGCAGGACACGACAAAGAAUUGUUUCAUCAGCAGUGUGGACAGGGUCUCGCUUGGAAAGAGCUGCAAUUCCCAUGUGUUGUGGAAGGCUCGUAGCUCUAGUCAGGAUGGAAAAUGCUUCCUCUUCAGCUCCAGACAUCUUGAACAACUGUCUGCUUACACCAUGCACAGGGAAAAUGAAAUCUCUCUACAAACUACAAAAUGUUACACCCCAAGAGAAUACAAGAAAGCCAUUGACUGUGAUGAUACACUUGCUGACCAGAGAUUCCUUACUAGAAAACAGUUUUUUUUGUGCUGUGAAUGUGGGAAGUCUUUUAACACAAUUUCUGCACUCCGUAUUCAUCAUAGAGUUCACACUGGAGAAAGGCCUUAUGAAUGCACUGAAUGUGUGAAGUCUUUUAGCCGAAUUUCUGCCCUCCAGGUUCAUCAGAGAGUUCACACUGGAGAAAGGCCUUUUAAGUGUGGUGAGUGUGGAAAAUCUUUCACCAGUAGCCCUGCCCUCCGUGUACAUCAGAGAGUUCACACUGGGGAAAGGCCUUAUAAGUGUGGUGAAUGUGGGAAAUCUUACACCAGUCACUCUGGUCUGAGCCAUCAUCAGAAACUUCACACUGGAGAAAGGCCUUAUGGGUGCAGUGAAUGUGGGAAAUUGUUUAAGCAAAAAGCUAACUUUAAUUCUCAUCAGAGAGUUCACACUGGAGAAAGGCCUUAUAAGUGUGGUGACUGUGGAAAAUCUUUCACCAGUAGCUGUGGCCUCCGGUAUCAUCAUAGAGUUCACACUGGAAAAAGGCCUUAUGUGUGUGGUGAAUGUGGGAAAUCUUUUACCCAAAGCUCUAACCUCCGUCAUCAUCAGAAUUUUCACACGGGAGAACGGCCUUAUAAAUGUGGUGAAUGUGGUAAAUCUUUUACCCGUAUCUGUUACCUUCGAAAACAUCACAGAGAUCACACUGGAGAAAGGCCUUAUGAGUGCAGUGAAUGCAGAAAAUCUUUUACCUGUAGCUCUUCCCUCCGUCACCAUCAGAAAGUUCAUAUAGAAGAAAAGCCUUAUAAGUGCAGUGAAUGCGGAAAAUCUUUUACCCAAAACUCUGAGCUUCGUAAACAUCACAGAGUUCACACUGGAGAAAGGCCUUAUGAGUGCAGUGAAUGCAAAAAAUCUUUUGCCCAUAGCUCUUCCCUCCGUCAUCAUCACAGAGUUCACACUGGAGUAAGGCCUUAUAAGUGUGGUAAAUGUGAAAAAUCUUACACCAGUCGCUCUGGGCUCCGUCAUCAUGAGAAAGUUCACACUGGAGAAAUGCCUUAUGAGUGCAGUGAACAUGGGGAAUCUUGUACCAGUAGCUCUGCCCUCCAUUUUCAUCACAGUGUUCACACUGGAUAAAGCACUGAUGAAUGCACUAAUUGGGGAAAUCCUUUAUGUGUGCCAGUCACUUCCAUUACCCUCAAAGAGUUCACACCAAAGAAGCACUUAUGAAUGUGGUGAAAAUGGGAAAUCUUCUAUCUAUUUCAUUAACUAUCAUUGUUAUCAGACCGCACACAGUAGCAAAGUUUUAUGUCUGCAGGGAAUGUGGGACAUGUUUUAUCAGUAACCUUCAUUUUCCUUGGAGACUGCAUGUUGGAGAAAUGCUGUGAGUGCAGUGAAAGUGGACAUCCUUUUUCUGUAGCAUUUCCUUGGUUGUCAUCAGAGAGUUACCCUGGAGAAUGGCCUUAUGCCUGCAGUGAAUUUGGGAAAUGUUUUUCUAGUAUCAGUGAUUUCCACUGAUACAAGGUUUUUUAUAUAUGCAAUGUGAGAAAUUUUUUAUACCACAAUCUUCCAUUAUAUUCUCAGUUUCCUGUGGUAAAUAGCCUUAUGAGUACAGGGAAUGUGGGAAAAUGUUUUUGAUUCUAACUCCUUUCUUAUCAGAGUUUGCAGAGGAGAUAGCCUUUAUGAUGACAUGAAAUGUGGGAAAUCUUUCACCUCGUUUCCAUAGGCAUGUUAAUCAUAGUUCACACUGGUAAGAGGAUUCAAGCAUGAAGUGAAUGUGGGAAAUCUUUAGCCAUAAGUCUUUAGCCUUUUGAUGUUGGAGAGGUCUCACUUUGUAAAAGGUUAGAUUGUAGGAAAUGUUUUUUUUUUCUUUUUUCAGUGUAAUUAUAAAAACUUCAGAAAAAAACUUUCUGAAAAUGUCUGAGUUUAAUUUUAUAUGCUCAGAGUGUGGAGAUGUAUGUCUCAGAAAUUUAAUAUUUAAAUGUUGAAGUACCUAACAAAUUAUGACCUAAACUCCUUGUGCCUUUAUGCAUUCAUACUUAUAGCAUAUUAGGGUUGCAUUCCCCCACUCUAACAAAAUGUUGAUUUGUUUAUUUUUUAUAAUUUUAGCUGUUUUCAUAUAUUUGUCAUGUUCUUUUUAUUGUACUAGUGGUACUUUUCUAAGGGUUUAUGAUGAGCAUUUUUCAGGAGUGUAUGUAAAACGGGUAUAUUUUUAGUAUAUUCUGUGCUCACAUACUUUACCUAUAGUUUUACAAUUUUAGGCUACUCUCCAUAGAAAAUAGGAGAGUGAAACAACAAAGAUCUAUGUUGUCAUGUCACCCAUUUUCACUCUUUGAAAAACAAAUAAUUUUUAUUUCAUGGAAAAAUUGUUUUAUGGAAAAAUUGUUUUUAGCGGAAAACAUAUCCAAAUUAUUUGGAUUUUUUGCUGUAAAGAAUGUGUAGGUAGUUAUCAUAUACUUUAUAGAAUAAUCUGUAUUAUUUACACACUUCAUUGCUUUUGUAAAUUCAGUCAUUAAGUAAUAUAAUAAUUUUGUUUCUAA